UCCCCUCGUUCGUUUUUGGCCGUGGUGCCUUCCGUGGCGAGGUCUUCUCUCGCCUGUGAUUUGUCGAGAGCGUGGUUCAAUAUGCUCUUCGGUCUACCAUUGGUUCCCUGGGCUUUGGCCCAUCCCCCUCGAAAAGUUCUCCAAGUUGAUUGGUUGCCGAAAACCGAGAGGGAGCGACAUCUCUCAUCAUCCUCAAGUAGAAGCACAAGGACCCUUGUAAUCCACUCAAGUCUUGUAAUUGUAGGUUCUCGUGUCUCCUCAGCUUCCUGGUUUUCCGAGGUCUGAAACACUUAUGAUCCACUUCAUUCCCACUUUUGGACUUCUUCAGUGCUUGUGACUCUUUGUUCUCAAUAACAAACCGAGAAGUGAUAUUAUUAGACUCAAGUGAUCUGAAAACGCGAUAUUCUCAUCCGACCUUAGUGGAACAAUAAAAAACCCGAGUUCACUUGUAAGGAUGAUAUGUCUAUGAAACAGUUUUCGGUAUCUAAUAUUCUAAACGAAGAGAUUGCCACUGUUCCACCCAAUUAUAAGUCAGACGGAUAUGCUCCAUUCCAAUCCUCGGAAUAUUUUGAGAAACCUUACUCAAGAGGUCAAGGCAUUCCCUUUGGUAGCGGUGAUCGAUCGAAAUUGUCCUUAGAUUCCAUUCAAACCAAUCGACCCCAGGAAAAUAUCCAUUACACCAGUAGUGUCCUGCCCACCUCCACCAUGAGUUCUUUGUCUCAAAAUAACACUCACUCGGUCAAUUAUAUGCAGACUGCCAUGUCACAGUUCAACUCCGCAGCGGCCGCCGCGGCUGCCGUGGCAGCCUUUCCAGGUGCGGGUAGCUAUUGUCCUCAAGGGUCCUCAGUCGGAAGUAGCACUCACUCAGUGGACCUCGGAGGAUAUCAUGAUAUUCGAUCUUCAGCCAACCCUCAACACCAUCCAGGAUGGUACUCAAACUCCACCAACGGGGAUCCCAGAUUUGCCUCAGAAUAUUUUUCUAGUCUAAUGCGAGGAAGCGCUGCUGCCGCCGCCAUAUCAGGGCCAAAUCCCAAUCACAUCCCUUCAAGUGGGUCUCUUCAUUCUUGUUCGAGCGACAAAUCUACUUUGCAAUUUCCUCUAGCACAACGAAGAAAACGAAGAGUGCUCUUCACACAGGCUCAGGUUUAUGAAUUAGAGCGUCGGUUCAAACAACAGAAGUACUUAUCUGCACCAGAGAGAGAACACUUAGCCAGUCUAAUACAUUUAACACCUACCCAGGUCAAAAUUUGGUUUCAAAAUCACCGAUAUAAGUAUAAAAGGCAAGCGAAAGAGAAAGCCAUGUCCGAGCAGUCCACUGAUUCAAACGUGGAUGAACCUCAUUUUUUCCAGAGCUCUCCACGACGAGUGGCUGUCCCAGUUUUAGUCAAAGAUGGAAAACCUUGUAGUACGCCCAAUGGGGACAUACUGAAUUCCCUGGACCUAAAUAUGAGCAGUACGAACGCCAAAUCUGAAUACAUUCUCCCGUCCAAUGCAUCAUCUGUAGAUAUUGGUGUAUCUGGUAUUAGUGCAAGCGCAUCUUCUCAGCUGCCUACUCUUGUGCAAAUGAGUUAUCAUCACUCUAACCAUUCCCGAGAUCUUUUGGCGGAUAAUGUGAGCGGGAAUCAAUAUACAUGUCUUCAAAACAGAGCUUGGUGAAUAAAAAAAGCGAUGAAUA